GGCUGUUGGCUGGGGCCUGCUGUACACUGCUACAGCUAGGGGCUCGACUGUGGCCACCCCGCUUGUUGCUUUACUGGGUGCCACUCCCCCGGCUGGCCCGACGCGACGCGCCAGUAGCGCGACACAGAUUCCUCCUGGACUCUUGGGCGCUGCUCUGAGCAGCGUCACCCUUUACACCAGAAAGCUGGCGGGCGCUAUGGGGAAAAAACAAAAUAAGAAGAAAGUAGAGGAGGUACUAGAAGAAGAAGAAGAGGAAUAUGUGGUGGAAAAAGUUCUCGAUCGUCGGGUUGUAAAGGGCAAAGUGGAGUACCUCCUAAAGUGGAAAGGUUUCUCCGAUGAGGACAAUACAUGGGAGCCAGAAGAGAACCUGGAUUGUCCCGACCUCAUUGCUGAGUUUCUACAGUCACAGAAAACAGCACAUGAGACAGAUAAAUCAGAGGGCGGCAAGCGUAAAGCUGAUUCGGAUUCUGAAGAUAAGGGAGAAGAGAGCAAACCAAAGAAGAAAAAAGAAGAGUCUGAAAAGCCACAGGGCUUUUCCCGGGGUUUGGAGCCGGAGCAAAUUAUUGGAGCUACAGACUCCAGUGGAGAGCUCAUGUUCCUGAUGAAAUGGAAAAACUCUGAUGAGGCUGACCUGGUCCCUGCCAAGGAAGCCAAUGUCAAGUACCCACAGGUUGUCAUAUCCUUCUAUGAGGAAAGGCUGACGUGGCAUUCCUACCCCUCGGAGGAUGAUGAUAAAAAAGAUGACAAGAAUUAACUCUUCUGAGUACCAGCCCCUGUCGCCUGUGACUGUGGGUUUAAGUGGGGAGGGAAGGAGUUCUACUUGUCUUGACACCAUAAAGGUGGCUUGAGAAGAUGUCCUUUGAAGAAAUAGUCUAGUUUCUGUGCC